CCUUUACAUUACCUCACAGUAUUGAGUCUGCCUACACGUGGACUUCCUUUUUGCUUUUCUGAAUUUAUCAGUCGUAACAUCAUGGGCGACUUUCAAGUGAUCCUAGCAGCCAUCCUCUCCCCUGACAACGAGACCAGAUCACAGGCAGAGGAACAGUUCAGCAAUCUUGCCUUGGAUGUGAAGUUACCGCAUCUGGUCUCAACUCUUCGGACAGAGGGGGCUGCCGAUGAGGUGAAGUCGAUAGCUGCCGUUCUCCUCCGACGAAUCUUCCUGCAGCUGGAGUACAAGGACAUAGCGGAGGACCUUGAGGGGGGUGUGCUGGGGGCCAGCAAGGCAGAGCUACUCCUGGCAAUGCAAUCCGAGAACUCCGGGCACGUACGCAGAAAGAUUUGUGAUGCUAUAGCUGAGAUGGCUCGCUCUUACUUAGACGACAACGACCAGAAUCAGUGGCCAGAGCUCCUCCAGUUCUUGUUCCAGUGCUGUGACCUCCAACAGCCACAGCUCUACUCGAGUGCCCUCCACAUCAUCAGUGUUGUCCCGGGUGUGUUUGGCAACCAGCUGCAGUACUGCGUUGCUGCCAUCAAACAGCUCCUACAUCAGGCCCUCAAGGCAUCACAUGCAGAGGUGUGUUCAGAAGCCUUCAAGGCAACCGUGGCGUUUGUUGUGUUCCUGGAAAGUAAUGCUUUGAGGAGUGGUUUCACUGACAUGUUGCAGCUGCUAUUGGCCGUGCUCGGCCGAAGCAUUGAGGCCCAGGAAAACGAGGCCCUACUCAAGUCUUUCAUUGAGCUUGGCGACCAUUGUCCAAAGUUCCUGAGAUCUCAGUUAGAGAACAUUUUAGAGCUAAUGUUAAAGGUGAUGCAGACAGAGUCACUGAUGGACUCCUGGAAACAGCUGGCACUAGAGCUGAUGGUUACCAUAGCAGAGAACGCCCCUGCCAUGAUGAGAAAACACUCCGCCUUCUUUCCACGGAUAGUAUCCCAGGGGCUGCAGUUCAUGCUGCAGGUGGAGGACGAUGAGGAAUGGCUAGCUGCUGACUCAGCAGACGACGAUGAGGACAACACAAGCAAUGCUGUUGCUGGUGAGACCAGUCUGGACCGACUGGCCAAUGCCCUGGGGGGUAAGGCCGUCCUCCCACACAUCAUCUCCAAUAUACCUCAGAUGCUCCAGUCUGAGGACUGGCAUUACCGACACGCUGCCCUGAUGGCUAUAUCAGCUGUGGGUGAGGGUUGCCAGAAACAGAUGACGAUCAUUCUAGGGGAGGUGGUGACUGCAGUCCUCCCGUUCUGUCAGGACCCCCACUACAGGGUACGCUAUGCAGCGUGUAAUGCCCUCGGGCAAAUGGCCAACGAUUUCUACCCUGGUCUGCAGAAGAAGUAUCACGACAAGAUAAUCCCUGCACUGCUACUAGUUAUAGACGACUUUGACACACCUCGAGUGCAGACCCACGCUGGUGCCGCCCUGGUCAACUUCUGCGAGCAGUGCCCUAAAGCCAUCCUCAUCAAAUACCUUGACUCCAUUGUAGUGAAGCUGGAGGGGGUGCUGGCUAUACGACUACAGGAGCUCCUCCAACAGGGGCGUAAGUUAGUCCUGGAACAGAUUGUGACAACCACGGCAACGGUGGCAGACACGGUCGAGGAAGCGUUUGUGCCCUACUAUGAUAAGUUCAUGCCCAGUCUCAAGUACAUCAUGUCAUCAGCGUUAGGGAAAGAUUACCGUAUGCUGAGAGGGAAGACCAUCGAAUGCAUCAGUCUCAUCGGACUGGCCGUGGGACAAGAGAAGUUCAUGCAAGACGCACAGGAGGUGAUGGACAUGUUGGUGAAGGUGCAGAAUGAGCAGGGAGACAUGGAGCCUGAUGACCCACAAGUCUCCUAUAUGAUAAGUGCUUGGGCACGAAUGUGCAAGAUCAUUGGCAGUGCCUUUGUCCCCUACCUACCUGUUGUCAUUGGGCCUCUCAUCCAAGCUGCCAGCCUCAAGCCAGAAAUUGCCUUUGUAGAUGAAGAAUCAGAGCAAAACUUCAGUGAGGAGGAUGGCUGGGAGUUUGUCACGCUGGCUGAUCAGCAAAAGUUUGGGAUAAAGACAGCUGGCCUUGACGAGAAAUGCACGGCCAUGCAGAUGCUGGUGGUGUACGCCAAAGACCUACAGGAGGGCUUUGCAAACUAUGCCGAAUCAGUGGCAACUAUCAUGAUCCCUCAUCUCAAGUUCUUUUUCCAUGAGCUUGUCAGAGCAGCAGCUGCCGAGAUACUGCCCUACCUCCUGGAGUGUGUCAAAUCCAAUGGGCCUGAGGCGGUACAGAAGCUGUGGGGCAUGAUGGCCGAUAAGUUGCUAGAGGCUAUCAAUAUCGAACCAGACACUGAGAUUGUGGGAAUCAUGAUGGACUCGUUAUGCAAGUGUAUAGAGUUCCUCGGUGCCAACUGCUUCACACCGGACCAGUACACUAAACUGCUGAGUUUGCUUAAGGACGCCAUGGACACUUGCUUUACACGGGCCAGUGAGCGUCACACUCGGAGGAGUGACGAGGAUUAUGAUGAGCAGGUGGAGGAACUGCUUGAGGAGGAGGGUGAGACGGAUGAACAGUACUUGAGAAAAGUGGCCGACGUGAUGCAUUCGUUGUUUGGGACCCACGGCUCCAGUGUCCUACCAUUCUUUGAUGAAUUGCUACCCACAUUUGCUGGCAUGCUGAGCGAGGGGAGACCAUCCUCUCACAAGCAAUGGUCGCUCUGUGUGUUUGAUGACCUUCUUGAGUAUGCCAGCACUAGUGCCAUCAAGUACCAGGAGUACUUCUUACAGCCAUUGAUGAAGUGCAUCUGCUCAAAGUCACCUUCUGUGCGGCAGGCUGCUUGCUACGGUGUGGGAGUGAUGGCCCAGAACUGCUCUAAGGACUUUGGCCCAGCAUGCUUAGAGUGUCUCUCGCUCCUCACCAUGGCGAUACAAAUGGAGAGUGCACGGGAGGACAUACAAGCCAUCAAUGCCACAGAAAAUGCCAUCUCAGCAGUCACCAAGAUCUGCAAGCAUAUAGACUCUGUACCCCUCGAAAAAAUCUUGCCGAUGUGGUUGUCAUGGUUACCAGUGGUAGAGGAUAAAGAAGAGGCUCCUCAUGUGUACGACUAUCUCUGUGACCUCAUCGAAAGUAACAACACGAUUAUUCUGGGUCACGACAACUCGAAUGUUCCGAGACUGCUAGUGAUUGUGGCGGAGGUGUGUGUUCAGGACGCCCUGGAAGACAGUCAGCAGGUCUACUUCAGACUCCUCUCCAUAGCCAGGCACAUUCAGGCUUCUGGGGAGCAGGUAUGGACCACUUGCCUGACGAUGCUUACAGACAAGCAAAGAGAAGCUCUAUUGACUGCACUAGCCUAGCAACUCACCAUAAAGAUAUUUAAAAGAAAUUGUUGAAUUUUUCUGUUGUAUGUGCAAUAAUAAUUAUGGAACGUCUUUGCCACAUUUGUUUAUGAAUUUUCUACCCAAGUG